CUAAGAACAAAUAUUAUAACACCCAAACUAAUCAUGAAACAAUGUCCCCAACGAUGAUAACCAUCAUACACUGCUUGGCUACUGGCGCGCUUAUAUUCUGGUGUGUAAAAUGGAUCAUCCAUUUAGCAGCAAUAACCUACGGGAAAGUAAAGUUGCACAAAAAGGCUUCCCAGCAGCCAAGAGAGACACCAUAUCCAUCAGUAUCGAUCUUGAAGCCACUAAUGGGAGUGGAUCCCAACUUGCAAAGCAAUUUGGAGACAUUCUUCCUGAUGGAUUAUCCGAUGUAUGAGUUGCUGUUCUGCAUCGAAUCUCCGGAUGAUCCGGCUAUGGAGGUAGUCAACCGGUUAUGUGAUAAAUAUCCCAGUAUCGAGGCAAAGCUGCUCGUCGGCGGUUCGAAUGUGGGAGUCAACCCAAAGAUUAACAAUCUCUACCCUGGCUACGUUCAGGCUCGUUACGAGCUGAUAAUGAUUUCGGACGCAGGCAUUCGUAUGAAGAGUGACACGCUGACCGACAUGGUAAACCAUAUGACAGAGAAGGUGGGUCUGGUUCACCAGAUGCCUUUCGUGUGUGACCGUGAAGGGUUUGCUGCCGCGUUCGAGAAAAUCUACUUUGGUACUGUACAAUCGCGGAUAUACCUGUGCGCCGACCUACUCGGUAUCAACUGCCAUACUGGAAUGUCCUGUUUAAUGCGAAAGGACGUUCUUGAUCAGCUAGGAGGAGUGCAAGCAUUCGGAUGCUACCUAGCAGAAGACUUCUUCUUAGCUAAGGCGUUUCAUGAUAACAACUGGAAGCUAACGAUCAGCAGCCAACCAGCAUGGCAAAACUCAGGCAUUUGUGAUAUUAGCAGCUUUCAGGCGAGGCUCACACGUUGGGCUAAAUUGCGUGUGGCAAUGGUGCCGACGACCAUUCUGCUUGAGCCAAUGUCAGAAUGUAUCAUCGUCGGUAUGUUCGCAUGCUGCGCUGCCAAAGUACUCUUCCGAUGGAACCCUCUUGUGUUUUUCCUCAUUCACACGCUCGUAUGGUUCCUUUCCGACUGGGUUCUGCUGUCGAUUAUCCAAAACGGGGCGCUUCCGUUCAACAAAUUCACUUUUCUCGUUGGAUGGGCUUUUCGUGAGAUCAGUGGACCCUAUUUGUUCUUCAAUGCUCUGUGGAAUCCGGCCAUAAGAUGGCGAACUCGUGUGUAUAAGCUCGCUUGGGGUGGGGUUGCGUAUGAACUUACGUCUCAAAUUAAAUCAUAAUCUGCAUUCAACGUAUGGCUAAUAGGGAGGGUGUCAUUUAUUUGAUUUGUUUUGUUUUUCAUUAGAACAAAUUUCCAUGUAUUUCCAUAUCUAAGAAACACACAAAAUCAUCCCUUAUGACAGGAUUAUGCCUGAAAAUAGGUCAAAAUUUUCUAGUUCUCGUUAAGGUUUGUUUAUUUCGAAUUUCCGUGUAUUGUUCUGUCUUCGUUAUGUUAGGUUGUUAAUUCAUGGCGUGAACGUAAAACAAUUGUUCAAUUUUGAAUCAAACGUUAGUUAAAAACCCGUUCUAAGCCACAAUAAUCUGUUUCUGAUUGAAAUGGAUUGUAUAAACUGAAAUGUUUCUUUUUAUUCACCAUAUCUAUCCUAAAUGUACGAUGUCUUCUUGACUGGAAGUCAAUAUUAUUUCAUGAUUAGGAGGU